UAGCUUAGAUAAGCAAACUACAAAAUUAACUGUUGAGGCAAAGGUUCAUAUACCAGUCUCACUUUGACUUGUUUUGAGGAAGUCUUAAUAGCAUUCCUCAUUUUGUCAUCCAUGGAAAUGGAAAUUCAAAUAUAAGGUUUCUUGCAAUAGGAAGAGGAAUACGAUUAGAUCAAGAGUAAGUUAAGUGAACCGAAAUUUAAAGUAAAUUAUCUCUUACCACUAAAUUUGGUGACUUGAACAUAGUUUUCCCUCUACCAAUUGACAGGAUGGCAUCUUGGUGCCGCAAAUGCAUAUAUUUGAAGCCUAAAUUGGAGAAGUUGGCUGCUGAAUAUGACACCAGGGUCAAAUUCUACUACGUUGAUGUCAACAAAGUACCUCAAGCUCUAGUAAAGCGGGGAAACAUCUUUAAAAUGCCAACAAUUCAGGUAUGGAAAGAUGGAGAGUUUAAAGCCGAAGUGAUUGGAGGGCAUAAAGCAUGGCUUGUGCUUGAAGAAGUGAGAGAAAUGCUCCAACCGUCCAAUUCGAUUUAUUGUGGAUCACAACUUAAAGCUCAAAACCAAAACCCAACAAUUUAGACAGUUUGACUUUUGUCCAAGUCCAAAUCACUCAAC